AUGCUGACAACAAGACGUUACACAUUGGAGCGGGGUGAGUGGGACAGUAGGGAGCUUCAAGCGAGGUUGAAUUCAGGAUAUUUCAACACAGAGGUUUUAAGGGAGGAAGCCGUUCACAAGAUUGCACCGGAAAGGGCGAAUGAUGUAAUCGAGGAGUUAUUGCUGCGUUGGCCGAUGUUUUCCCUUGAGGGAUCGAUCACCAGCCGAAUGCGUUUCUGGUUUCGGACCCGUGGCUGGUUCUUUUCUCCUGCUUCCAAUGGGCCAUAUAUCACCGAUCGCGAGUUGGAGUCGCUGCUUUUAAAGAAGGCGGCAUUUUUGAGAGUGCCUUUGACAGAAGUUCCGAAGGCGAUUCGGAGGGAGCAGCGGAGACGACGAAUACGUGAGGCAGCGCAGGUCCAGGGUGAGGCUGUGAAUGACAGUAUUCCUGAAUUCCUAGUCAAUCGUUGGGGACACAAGUUUCAGAUAGCGACGGUAGAUGAGGCAAGACUCCGGAUUAGCCCGUCGUGCUUGGUAUGGGCCUACGACGUUAAAAAAUAUGGCUGGUGGAGCACGGUACCCAAAGGUAUAGAUCCGAUCGGAAUGUCAGUCUUCGGUUUAGCCAAGGCCGUCGAGGGAAUUCGGAAGCUACCGUAUACCUUGUCAGCCUCCUGUUAUUCAUGCACAGAACAUGACACACGUCACCGAAAUGGAAACGGAUGUGAGAGAUGCGAGAGCCAUUGGGACCUUGUGGAGUUUUGGGAAUGGUUACGUUCAAGACAUUUUUGUGAGGCACGCGAAAUUCAGAGCGACAGC